AUGAGCGUCUGCCGCCCCGCAAGAUGUCUGUUUACCAAGGCCGCCUCAACGACCCUUCCUAAACCACCUCCGCAACGAACUUUCCAUGCCUCCGCAUCUCGGCAAGCCCGCAAGAAGCGACCGCAUUACCCGUCAAUAAAGGCAGACGAACUCAAGCUCCUCAACCAGGCCGCCGAGGCCGAGUACCCGAAAUACGACACCUCGGAAACGACGCUUCUCGAGAAAAAAUAUACACCCUCACAAAUCGCCGCCAUCAAAGCCGCAGAAACCACCAUCGAUGCCCGAGAUGUCCUUACACAGGGUCAGCGAAGAACCGAUUUUUGGCGGCUCAACUACGAAGAUGAUCUUGCAGAAGUCGACCCAGUUACCGACCGGCCUGAGAAGCUGACCGGAGACGAUAUUGAGGGGCCAAAGACAUUUCGGAUUGCCAACGAGGUAGAACGAGAUGAGAAUAUUUCCCGUAUCGCCUCGGAGAACCUAGCAAAGAUGUACCCAGACGGUAUACCAGAGGACGACCCGGGCCUACAAAACGCCAUGGAUGCGGCUAUUACGCAGGCUGCCCUUGAUCCGCGCGCAACAUAUACGUCGAAGAACCCCGCCGCACUCCAGGCGCUUGGUGACGAACGUCACUCUGUAAUUGCACCCGAUCUACCGAGGGUAGAAAACCGCAUGGCACGCCAAACCCGCCGACUGUCCACUGAAGAAGAGGAGGAUCCUCGACAGAAGCGCCUUUUGCAAUACCUGGGUUGGGACAAGCAAAAAUUGCGCAGCAUUCGCGUCAAGACACUAGUUGUUCACGGUGUUACAAAUCAAACGCGCAUGGGCAAAAUUAGGAGUCUAUACUACCUCACCAUUGCGGGGAACCAAGACGGACUACUCGGUGUAGGAGAAGGCAAGUCGGUCGAACCUGAAGAAGGCAGGAAACAAAGUGUUAUGAGUGCGAUCAGGAACAUGAGGCCUGUCCCUCGGUACGAGAACAGGACGACAUUUGGAGAUUUGGAGAAGAAGGUUGGCGCGACCAAAGUGCAGCUGUUUUCAAGACCACCAGGCUUCGGUCUCCGCGUCCAACAUCUCAUCUUCGAGCUCGCCCGCGCAGCCGGCCUCCAGGACCUCUCCGCCAAAACCCCGCGCUCAAGAAACAAAAUGAACGUUAUAAAGGCGACCUGGGAAGCCCUCACCAGCCAGAAGCUGCCCGACGAGAUUGCUAGGGCACGCGGCAAGAAGCUGGUCGAUGUACGCAAGGUGUACUAUGGAGGCUCCAUACACUAG